AUGUCUUCUCUUGACCGAAAUAGGGCUUCUGAGAAUAUGGAUAAUAGUGGAUCAAAUAACCUUGAUCUGAAUUUGAUGGAUUUCUUUGAGGUAAAAUCAAAUGGAGGUAAGAGAAUGUUCAGAUGCAAGUAUUGCAAAAACAAGUUCUCCACCUCACAAGCUUUAGGAGGGCAUCAAAAUGCCCAUAAACGGGAGAGAGCCAUAGAGAAGAGAGACAAAUUGCUGAAUGAGCAUAUGACCUUCAUGCCAUACCCAUUCUGGGACAUGGCAAUGAGGUCUCCUAUGCAUUAUCCUUCCCUUGGCAAAACCCUAGGUGUGGAUAUGAGCUCUAUGAUUCAUAAACCGCCCUAUAACCACUGGUUCCGUGGCGGUGGUAUUGCCAAUGGUGACCAUUAUUCGGGGCUAUCAAGGGCAUCUAUUAUGAACCAUCAACCUAGAUUGCACCAACUGCAAAAUGGCGGGCUUCAAUCUUUGGCUAGCAUGGUUCCUAAUGCCAUCGACCUUGGGGGUUCUACCAGCACUUCUCUGAAGCAGAAGGAAGAGGGCAAAGGCCUUGAGUUGUCACUUAAGCUUUGA